AUUUACUACAAUAACUAUACUUCUUUCAUUAUUUCUACAAUACCAUACCAUACAACACAACCCCUGUAAACCACGAAGAUGUCGAGCAGGCAGCUAAGAAAGCUGCAGAAGCAGAAAGAGCUUCAACAACUCUCAGCACAAAGCCCCACCGAAGACGAUGAGUCGAGCGAUGACGAUAAACCUGCGAAGAAGCCAAGAGCAAGCAUAUUCUCGGGUUUCGCGGCUCUCGACGGCCAAGAUAAUGAUGGCGACUCUGAUGAUAACCGUGAUGAGAAAGAGGACGAGACGGUAGAUCCUCUCACAGACACUCCCGCCGAACCUACAUCGGUCGAUACGUCUAAAAAUUCGGCGAAGAAGAACAAAAAGAAGAAGAAAGCCAAGAAGCAAUCGAGCAUGUCGACCAAGACCGAACCUCCCCUACAAACCGGGUCGGAUGAUAUUGACCAAGCCUUACAAGAACUCGAGCUCUCUAAGAAGAAGGAACAAGAAACAAAUGACGAAGCCUCCCCUGCGAAGCCCUAUGAACGAAUAUGUGAACUUUUAAGCAUCAACACACACCACCUUAAAGUAAUCAACGAGAUGAGAAAUCUCUUUGGUCGGGAUGCUAUUACAGCUGCUCAGAAUGAUGAGGAGGAAGAUCAAGCACGUUCGAGACGACAAAGACAAGGCUUAAUACAACAAGUAGAUAUGGAAACCUUUCUCAAGGCAUAUCCAGGGAAGAGCUUGCCAGAAGUAACAUUACGCCGAAAUCCCUUUUUGGCUGGAAAGGAAUCGUGGCCACGUGCAUCUACAGAAGGCCUGACUAUGAGUCGAGUCAAAGAGGAACAGGAGGCCACUAUACCCGGAGUUGUCGAGUUCUGUUUUACUCACGAUGCCAGGUACAACACGCUAGAGAAGGAAUUCUUCGGGCUUGUUCAGAUGUAUGACCCUAUGCGAAUAGUGCACUUCCUGCACGCACACCCGUACCAUAUCUCUAGCUUGGUCCAAGUUAGUCGAAUCGCAAAACAGGACCAGAACUCAGCACUUUCUGCAGAUCUAUGUGAACGCGCCCUUUUCACAUUUGGCCGAGUUUCAUUAUCUGCUUUCCGACAGAAGAUAGAACAAGGGAAGGCAAGACUAUCGUUCAACCGACCUGAGAACAGGCAAUUCUGGCUAGCUGGGUAUCACUACCUCAAGAAUCUAAUCAUGAAAGGUACUUAUAGAACAGCGUUGGAAUGGGCCAAGCUUCUCUUUGCCGUAGACCACUCCGACCCUUACGGUAUCAUUCAUUUCAUCCACCCACUUGCUAUUCGUGCACAUGAAUCGAAAUGGUUCAUUGACCUCUGUGAUUCAGAGGUCUUAGAUAAUGAUCCGGCAAUCCAGUGUGCCUCAUACUACAUCAGACAGACUCUCGUCUUAGCUAGGCUACAACAAAACGACGCGGCCGGCGCUAAGGCACUGUUGGCGGAGGGUAUUCAGCAAUUACCUUGGCUUUACAGCCAUCUCUUCAAAGCACUCAAUUUAGACGUCCCCAAAGCGGUAUGGGGUAUACAGCCACGAAAUCGAGCCGAGGAAUUGCACACAGACGUCUACAUCCACCAAACGAAAACACUCUGGGAUAAUGCCCAAGUUAUCUCGCUCCUGAAGGAGACAAUGAACGAUGCAAAGAGGGUGGAUAUCAACGACACAAUGCCAAUCGUCCCUACGGUACCGAUUAACUUUGCACGUUUUACUUACUUAUUGGAGAUUCCCUCGUUAAUAAGUCUAGUACCGCGUGAGUUGUUGAACGCGGAUGCGAAUUGGGAAUUCGAUCCCCUCCCACCCCCUAUUGACGAGAAUAUUUUCUCGCAUGAGUCACAAGCAAAUCCGUUCCACCCUCCGUCGCGUGAAGUACAACGCGGCACUGGACGUCCCGGAAACCGUCAGGAUCUUCAGGAAAUAUUAGUUCAGGCGACGCGGCUCGGAGCACCAGAGGACCUUCUACAAAAUGUUCAAGCUGCGAUACUUCGGACACCCGAGGGCGAUGGCGUGGAAGACGGCGAUAGUGGGGAUGAAGAUGCCUGGAUACCCCCGGAAGUAGGGGUUCCCAUGAGGGGAUUGUAUCGGACGCUUGCGGCGCUGCUUGGUCGUGCUACUGAUAGGGCCAACGCCAGCUCGAACGUGGAUCCUGAUAAUAUGCCUCAUAUACCAGGUGGCUUUCGCGAUACGGAAGACGAAGACGGCCAUAAUGCUGAUGCUGAUGACGAGACUGAUAACGACAUGCCAGGGCUGAUAUAAAUCAACAUUACUAAGCCAAAGUUGCGAAAGUGUGCACGAUGGCGAAGGGCAUAUGAAUUCGAUGCCUAUGUUGUAUGCACAAGUACCUAGGGAAGACGAAGAUCAUGAGGCAAUCAAUGCAUAGGAUGAGUUUCGUUUCUUCGAGGAAUUUUGGGUUACGGCUACCUACACACGCAUUGCAACCCUGUAUUCUAUGUAUAGCUAUUUAAGGUACCUUAGACUAAUAAAAUGGUAAUACAACGCCCGCUACUUAAUCUAUUCUGCCUAUGUCUGUCUAUGAUU